AUGGUAGACAUACCCGCAGCAACACAGCCUACAGCAGAGGAGCAUCCCAGCUCAAGCAUCGACGAACACUCCUCCAUGGCCGAGAAAAGUGUCGAACGUGGUCUGGGACAGGAGACUCCUUUCGAUGAAGAACUGGAUAGGACGUUUGCCCCCAUCAGCGCACCCGUCGCAACAGAUAAUGAGCGGUCGCAGAAGCUGCAGCGCACCACGUCCUCCGCCAUUGAGCGCAGCUGGUCUCUGAAUGAUGGGUACAGCUGCCACACAGCUGAGGAAGAGGCGGAGGAGAAAGUCAACCAGCCGGACGAAUCGGCCGAAGAUGCGUUUGUUGUCGGGUGGGAUGCUGAUGAUCCGAUGAAUCCUCGGAAUAUGAAUAAAUUUCAGCGAUGGCUGAUCGUUGUGAUCUGCUCGAUGGGUUCACUAUGCGUGACCUGCGCCUCAUCGAUGUACGCUGUCACAUAUGAGCAGUUGACCAAGGAGCUGGAUUGUUCUCCAAUCGUGGCGACGCUUGGUCUGUCUUUCUUUAUCUGGGGCCUAGGAAUCGGGCCUUUGUUUUUGGCGCCUUUAUCAGAGUUCUAUGGAAGGAGAUGGAUCUACAUCAUAUCGUUCGCCUUUUUCUUGAUUUGGCUGAUCCCCUGCGCCGUGGCCCGGAAUAUUCAGACCAUGAUCAUAAGCCGUUUUUUCAAUGGCAUCGCUGGAAGUGCCUUCCUCAGUGUUGCGGGUGGCACAGUGGGAGAUUUGUUUGAUCGUCAUGAACUCAGUGCCCCAAUGAUGCUGUACACGAGUUCGCCAUUCAUCGGCCCAGAGUUAGGGCCACUAGUUGGCGGAUUUAUAAAUCAAUUCACGACAUGGCGCUGGACAUUCUAUGUCCUCUUGAUUUGGACUGGCGUACUGCUCGUUUCACUUAUCUUCUUUGUCCCAGAGACCUAUCACCCCGUGCUCCUGCGGCACAAGGCAGAGAAACUUCGCAAAGAGACCGGGGACGAUCGGUGGAAAGCUCCGAUGGAGCGCACGAAUCGCUCGGUAGCACAGACUAUUUUGCGAUCUUGCUAUCGACCGUGGCUUCUAUUGGCGCUGGAGCCCAUGUGCCUGAACCUCUGCAUUUUCUCUGCAAUCUUGUUGGGGAUUCUUUACCUUUUCUUCGGCGCGUUUCAGCUGGUGUUUGGCAAUGUAUACGAGUUUGAACUCUGGCAGCGAGGUCUCUCGUUCCUGGGGCUCUUUGUCGGGAUGGUUUUUGCCAUCCUGUCCGACCCGCUCUGGCGCCGAGUGUACGUUCGCUUAGAAAAGAAGCACGAAAAAGCUGUUGGGAGGGCGGACGAUUUCCAGCCAGAGUGGCGGCUACCGCCAGCAAUCCUGGGCGGCCCUCUUGUCACUAUGGGGUUAUUCAUCUUUGCCUGGACAAUCUAUCGACAUGUGCAUUGGAUUGUACCACUCAUUGGUAGCGCGUUCUUUGGAGCUGGAACCAUCCUCGUAUACUCUGGCAUCUUCACUUUCCUGGUCGACGCCUACCCCUUAUAUGCAGCCAGUGCUCUGGCAGCGAACAGCUUUGCUCGUUCGAUGUUUGGCGGUAUCUUUCCCUUGUUCGGUAUUCAAAUGUACAACAACCUUGGAUAUCAUUGGGCAACUUCGUUGCUGGCCUUCUUGACCCUUGUCAUGGCACCAUUCCCAAAGAAGACCUGCAUGCCUGUUGUCUUUCACCCAUGUCGAUGGACGUUCAGCCUCCUUGCAUAA